AUCAAAACAGUAUUAUUUGCGGAAGUUGUCUGGUAUCUCCGUUGUUCGCCCCAGGCCCCUCUCAGAAACGAGUUUCAGAGCUUCAUAGAACAAGAACAAGAGACCAAGGCAGAAUAAUUUCAUGGCGUCGUCUACAUCGAGGAUUGCUUUCCGCAUUGUCUUGAUUGCUCUAUUCUUUCUUCUUCUCUUCUACAUGGGCCGCCCUCUCUACUGGAAAAUCUCCGCCACCAUACACGAUAUCCGGCAGAACAAACAAACCGUCCGAGAAGGUCUUUCCCAGAUCGUUAUGGAAGCUCAGAGAUCGGUUGGUUGGUACCGCGACGAGUUUGACUCGGGUCGUGCUAACACCCGGAAGCUGCUUCUGGAUCAGGUUUAUCGGACGGUUGUUGGCUGAUGAGAGUUUUUAAGGGGUGGAAAACAAAACUGAAAAUAAAAAAGGGGUUUUGUCUUUUUCGAGAUUUUGUGAUCUAGUUAGUUUAUUUUAUCAAUGAUAAUUGAGGUAGGGGUAUCUUAUUAUAGUAGUGUAUGAAUGUAGAAUGAUAGAUUUGAGACAUUCUGGGCAAAAUAAAAUAUCAAUGUUUUCUUCAUUGUUGGUAGUUGAAUAAAGGCUGUCGGUUCUGAGAUUUGUGCAGUGAAAUAAACUAGGUGACUUCUUAUAA